AUGGAAGCCGGCUGGGAUUUCGGGCGUGACCAAUCAGCGGCUAGACGGAACCGGUGGCUCGCGGUGUUCUCCCUUCGCUCCGGCCCUGCGGCCAUUUUGGGCUUCCCCCAGCUUUCCGGCAUCGCGUUGUUUCAGCGGGUUUGUGACGGUCUGUGUCUCCCGGAGAGUCGCCGCCGCCGCGAGAAGGUCGUUACCUAUGGUGGGGAGACCUCGCGUGGAGUAGACACCGGCUUCCCCCGCCAGGAUGGAAGUCGCCCCGGCCGCCGCCUCCUCCGCGGGCCGCGGGGCUCCGGGGUCCGCCGCCCGCUUCCGGAACCGCGGCCUUGUGUGGCUCCUCCGCGGACGCCAGCACCGGCCUGGGGUGCCGACUCCGCCGCGGGGCAACGCCGAGACUGUGUAGGCCUCCUCGCGAUCCCGUCCGAACCUCCCGCCCGAGAGACGCCGGCCGCGGACUCGGCGAUGGAGCCCCGUGCGCGCGGCCCGCGCCCACGGCCCGGCCCCUGGGCCGCUCUCCGGCUGCCCUUCCCGCGGCGACGUCAGGCCGGCUGUCCCAAGUUCUCGGCCACUCCCGCCCCUGUGAACUCCGGGGACCCUCCCCUGCCUUCUUCCGCCCAGCCCGAGGCUCGGACCAGCUACUGGGUGAGACUGCUUUCCCAGCUCCUCGCACCGCUGCCCGGCUUGCUCCAGAAGCUGCUGAUUUGGAGCCAGCUUUUCGGUAGCAUGAUUCCGACCAGAUGGUUGGAUUUCGCCGGAGGCUACAGUACUCUGAGAGCCCUGAGGGGACGCGGGGAGCCAGCCACUCCCACCGCGCGGAAGGCUUUGAACGCUCUGCGACGGGACCCUUCGGACGAUUCGGUCGCCGGUCCCCUGGAUUGGUCAGAGGAGGGGCUCCUCUGGCAUUGCCCAUCCUCGGACCUAGACUUGGAACUCAAAGCCAAGGGAAGGCCUUUGGACUCGGCGGCGCACACUUUGUUCCUGGAGCAGCAGCUGUGGGGGGUAGAGCUGUUGCCCAGUAGCCUUCAAGCCCGUCUGUUCUUUGACCAAGAACUUGGCACUUCGCCCUCCGGGUCUCUCAACAUUCAGCGCUUAGGCAAUUUCAACGUAGUCUCUUAUUUGCUGAACCACUCUUACCUGAACUGCCUUCCCUAUCUAGAGCUCAGCAGUCAGAACAGCGUUGCAAGUGGCGAGCUCCUUGAGUUCCAGACACUAGCCUCCGAAAACAGCUGCCUGUCUGAGGACCCUUGUCAACCCCAACCACUGCGAGCAGAGAUCUGUGCAGCCUCGUGGCAGGAGUGUCCACCGCUUUCCAGAGAAGGCCUUCCCGAAAUCCACCAUCUUCGCAUGAAACGGCUGGAAUUCCUUCAGCAGGCUCACAAGGGCCAAGAGUUACCCACGCCUGACCAAGAUAAUGGCUAUCACAGCCUGGAGGAGGAGCACAGCCUUCUCCGGAUGGAUCUGAAACCCUGCGCAGAGAACUCAACCCCUGCUGGAGUCAUUCCUGGGACCCCCGGGGAGGCUCAACUUGUUCUGCCGAAGCCAGACCUUUCGGAAAGCGAGGUACUCGUAGAGAAAGAGCGUGAAGAGGACCAAAUCGUUGUCGUUGACUUCUCUGCCAUGGAGAAUGACUUUCCCAUUUCAGCGCGACCAGCUUGUAAUAACAAGCUGAUUGAUUACAUUUUGGGAGGUGCAUCUAGUGACCCGGAAACAAGUUCGGAGUCAGAAGACGGGAGUUGGGAUGAAGAAGCUGAGGAUGAUGGUUUUGAUAGUGAUGUCUCACUGUCAGAAUCAGACCUUGAAGGAAACUCUGUGGGACUUUGGAACUCUUUCUACAGUGUCGAUCCUUAUAAUCCCCAAAACUUUACAGCAACAAUUCAGACUGCUUCCAGAAUUGUUCCUGGAGACUCUUCUGAUAUGGACAAGGAUUUGUCUGACAAGUCUGAUCUGCGGAACUCUCCCCUUCCUGAUGAGACUCCUGAUGGUUAUUCUGGAGAGGAUGAUGACUGGGAAUCUAGUGCAGAUGAGGCAGAGAGUCUUAAACUGUGGAACUCUUUCUGUAAUUCUGAUGACCCCUACAACCUUUUAAAUUUUAAGGCUCCUUUUCAAACAUCAGGGAAAAACUGGAAAGGCUAUUGUGACUCAAAGAGCCCUUCUGAGUCUAUAGUGGCCAUUUCUGAGUGUCAUACUUUACUUUCUUGUAAGGUGGAACUUUUAGGGAGCCAAGAAAAUGAAUCUCCAGACUUGGUUCAUCGUGAUAUUGUUUCUGGAGACAGACACACACAUCUCAAAAGAAAAAAGGUAACCUUCCUCGAAGAAGUUACAGAGUAUUACAUAAGUGGUGAUGAGGAUCGCAAAGGACCAUGGGAAGAAUUUGCAAGAGAUGGAUGCAGGUUCCAGAAACGAAUUCAAGAAACAGAAGUUGCUAUUGGAUAUUGCUUGACAUUUGAGCACAGAGAAAGAAUGUUUAAUAGACUCCAAGAAGUGUGCUUUGAAGGACUUACUGUUUUCAAACAAUGUUAAGAUGAGUUGAUAGUGUGUAGCCUUGCAUACACUACCUCUUAAGAGGCUUAAAAAGAUAAAAACAAAUAUUGACAUUUUUUCUAAAGAGAUAUAAAAUUGGUUCCCGUGAAAUAGUUUAAUUUUUUUAAUUUUUGCAACAUAUCCCAUUAGAAAUAUGCAGGCUUACGGUCAGCUCUGAUAAUGAAGGAUCUGUGAUUUUUGGUCCUCCCCCUUUCAGUUUUAGUUGGAUGUUUUUUAAAUGUUCUUUGUUUGCUUGAAGUGAACAGGGAGACCUUUUGAGUUGUAACUUUGCACUUUAAAACUUACUUUCUUGGGAAACAAUAUAGGGCUUUAAAGCCCAUUUUCAGUUCUAAUUUGUACAUUUGUCCAAAAUUAUUAGGCUCCUAAUUUUUACCAAUAUUCCUAAAUUAAUGGGCUUUUAUGUUUUUCUGUUUUUUCUCUCUAUUGAUUAGGCCCCUUUACCUUAAGGCUGCAAAAUAAUAAUCUUCAUGACAUACUAAAGGACAUUAUAUCAUGCCACUUUUUUCUUGUUUUAAAGGUAACUAUUGUUGAAAAUAUGGUGAAUUUUUCUACCAAUUUUUCUUAAGAUGUUUCCAAUGACUGCCAGAAAACCCUGCCCUUAGAGGAAUCUCUACAGCUUUGAAAAAGCUGUGUCUAUCUGCCAAAUCUUAGCAUCUAAUAUAUUUGAUUUCUGUGCAGACUGUUUUUGGAGUUUUCUGGUACUGUAGCUCCAGUUCUGUUACUGUAGCUCCAGUUACUAUAGUUCUUUGUUAUCUUUCCACAGUGAGAAAUUGUAAAACACUUGAGAAAGUAAUCACUGCAUCCUAAGUUUUUUUCACCUUUAGAGGCAAAUAAGAGUUUUGUUUUUAUAGUAUACGCUCUCAAAAGAAGAUCAGUGUUACUCAACACCACACCUCAGCACUGUCACUUUCAAAACCUGUCAGGGUGACACUAAACUUGGGACUGGGCAGCUCUGAAUCUUCAAGUGUGAAAUGGAAAAGCAGCUCCAGUCAGUAUGCAGGUUUAUUGCGUUCUGCUAUUUUAAUAAUAGAAAAGCAGUGGCAAAGCCUCUAGUUUCAGGAAAGGACGAACUAGAUUUAACAACUUGCAACUCUUAAUACCUUUAGUCCAAAGUUUACUAUUGAAGUCUUUGCAUUGAUUGAUUAUGCUUGUUUCAUUUAGCUAGCUUUCCAUGGUGUAUAUCUGUUGGGUUAGUAAUGUUAACCAGCUCUGAUGGUCAGUUUUUAUUCCAUGUCUCCCACCACAGGAGGUUAGAAGACCACUUAUUUUGAACUUCAGUAUGGGGAUGAGUUUUUCAGAAGUGCUUGUAGGGUUACUACCUCAGUUUAUGAUCUACCUGGUCAUUUUAUUCCCAUCUGGUUUGCUCUCGAGAUCUGCCUCCGGUGUUAGUGUAUAUAUAUUCAUUACUAUACACACUGAGAGUACAGCAUAUGGAAGCUGGCUAAGUUAUUGAAGAGACCUUGGGGCUUGGGUCCCUCCACUUAGGCAACCACAGAGUCUGGUAAAACACAAUGGAAAAACAAGGGUGCGUCAGGCCUGGAUCAUUCACUUAGGUAAAAGCCUUGUGAUAAUGCAUAGGUGGUCUUUUAAAAUAAGACUAAGUAUACUAGAUGAUUUGAAACUUCAGUUACAUUUUGUGUUUCUGAAAUCUAGCACAUCUGUGAAUUUUAAAGUGAUAGGACGUCUUUACACUUGGAGUUCUCUUGAGACUGCUCCCACUUGCAGAAAAGUAAAAGCCUGGUUCAGAAUCUCCCAUGUCUUCCUCUCUCCUUUAGAAGUGAUAAGAUUAUGAUGACGACAAAGGGACCAUAAAUUAGUCUGGACUAGGGCUCAACUGUAGGUUGCUUUUUGAGCACAAGACCCUGAAUUCAAUCCCCCAUGCCACCAAAUGAAAAGAAAUAUUGCCUAUAAUUUGUACAGUGGUUUUCCUGGCUACCAGGCUUAGAGUAAGCUAAAAAUUAGAUUGAAACUGGGCAUGGUUGUACAUGCCUGUAAUCUCAGCACUUGCAAGGCUAAAGCAAGAGGAUCUCAAGUUUAAGGUCAGCCUAGCCUACAUAGCAACUCUUAAGGCCAGACUGAUAGGUAUAAUAAGACCUGUCUCCA